AUGGGUGGCACUAGUCCUUCUGGUUCGCUCGUAGAAGAUUCAUCUAAUGUGACAAGAAACAGUCACCGUGAUAAUCAUGGCUUAGAAUCGGACAAUGCCAGCCGAAACCAGGGUUUUGAUUGGAGAAAUGGAGUAGCGGGAGGUGUUGCAGGCUGCGCAGCAAAGACGAUUGUUGCUCCGAUGGAGAGAAUCAAGAUUCUCUUUCAAACGUCGAAUCCGCAUUUCCUGCCGUAUUCAACCCGGUGGAAUGGUUUCAUCGAGGCUAUCAGUCAUAUUCGGACGAGCCAUGGGGUGCCUGCACUUUUCAAAGGCCACGCGGCGAGUCUGAUCCGCGUUUUUCCAUAUGCUGGUAUUAACUUUUUGGCAUACGAACAACUCCAACGUGUAAUCAUCAUAUCACCCAAGAGAGACACACCGUUUCAUCGAUUCUUCUGCGGGAGUACGGCGGGUGCCAUCUCCACCGCCUUUACAUAUCCUCUUGAGUUGAUCCGUAUCCGUCUUGCCUUUGAAGCAGAACAGCACAGACAUUCCUCUUGGUUCGGGAUUAGUCGAAGAAUUUACUUUGAAAGCGGCGGUAAAGGUAGUUUAUUAAAUCUUUAUCAAGGAAUUGGCCCGACUAUGCUAGGCAUACUUCCCUAUGCCGGCACCUCAUUCGUAACCCACGAUUUAAUGAGAGAACAGCUGCGCUCACCUUUGUUUGCGCCUUAUGCUCUUGAAAAGGGAUCAUCAACUCGACUGACGGCAGUUGCGCAGCUUUGUUGCGGAGCAAUCGCUGGCAUUGUUGCUCAAACAGUUGCUUACCCCAUUGAUAUCCUUCGGCGACGAAUGCAAGUCGGAAGUGUGGUUGGCAGUAGAUCAGGAAUCUUAGAGACAGCUCGUCGCGUAUUUAUGGAGAGAGGAGUUAAGGGCUUCUAUGUUGGCCUGACAAUUGGUUACAUGAAAAUGGCUCCCAUGGUGGCGACGAGUUUCUACGUCUAUGAUCGAAUGAAACGACUAUUGGGCCUUAUCGAGUAA